GGGGCUUGUGGUCUCCCGGACUAUCCUUCCCGGCGCCCCCCGCGGAGACCUCCGCCAGCCCCGCCGGUCGAGGCCACCGCUCUCCCCGGCCGCGCCGCGUCUUCUGCUCCGGAGCCGCCGGCCUCGCAGGCGCCGCUGCUGACCCGGGAGCCUCGGCGCCGCUGCAGCAUGUCCAGCGACCCUCCUCCACCCUACCCUGGGGGGCCAUCAGCACCCCUCCUGGAAGAGAAGGAUGGGUUUCCCUUCCCCGCAGGUAGGAGCCCUCCAGCCAUGGUGCAGCCCCCUUCCGAUGUUGGCCCCCCGCCCUAUGAAGCAAUGCCUCCCGCUCAGCCGGGCUUCAUCCCUCCCCCUGCAGCAGAGAGCUCGAUGCCCUACUUCCCCCCUGGUGGCUACUGUGCGCCUCUGGGGCCACACGCCUCCACGGGCUACCACCCUCCCACUGGCCCCUAUGCCCCUGCUGGAGGGCAAACGGCAACCGUGCUAGUGCCAUUGGGCACCGCAACCACUGUGACGGUCCUGCAGAGCGAGAUAUUCCAGGCUGCCCCUGUCCCAACAGUGUGCCCGCACUGCCAGCAGGCCAUCACCACCAAAAUCACUCAUGAAAUCGGCCUCAUGAACUUUCUCCUUGGCUUCCUCUGCUGCUUUAUUGGGUGCAACAUGGGCUGCUGCUUCAUCCCCUGCCUGAUUGAUGAAUUUAAGGAUGUGACCCACACCUGCCCCAACUGCAAGGCCUACAUCUACACCUACAAGCGCAGGUGCUAGCAGGGCCUGCUCGGCUGGAGAGCUCUGCCAUUGCCUCCUGAUUUGCCUUUCCUGUCUGCUUUCAUGCUUUUCUGCUCUCCUCCUUCC